AAUCGCUCGCUCCUAGCCGAAGAGGCCAUUAGCCAUGGGCAGCUUGGCUUAUCCGCUCCUCCGGCUCCCGUGCCGCUGCUCCCUCACGGCGGCGCCAGCGUCUCGGCUCCCCGCACCGGUGUGCCUAUCUGCUUCAGCUUCCGCGGACGCAGGGGGCGAGGUGACGGCACGGGAAAAGCGAGCGCAGCGUCGGGAGCGGCGGGAGCUGCGUGCGACGGACUGGAAGGAGGAGGUGCAGGACCGGCUGAUCCACGAGCCGGCACGGCGGCGGAAGAAGACUCCUAAGAGGUCGUGGAGGGAGGAUCUCAACCUCGACCUCCUCGCCGAGCUGGGGCCGCAGUGGUGGCUCGUGCGCGUCUCCAUGGCGCCCGGCACCGACUACGUCGACCUCCUCACCAAGGCCAUCUCACGACGCUACCCGGAAGUCACCUUCAAGAUUUACAAUCCAUCCAUCCAAGUAAAGAGGAGACUGAAAAGUGGUGCAAUCAGUGUUAAAUCCAAGCCUCUGCAUCCUGGGUUGGUCUUUAUGCAUUGUACCUUAAACAAGGAGCUUCAUGACUUCAUCAGAGACACUGAGGGUUGUUAUGGCUUUAUUGGAGCUACAGUUGGUUCAAUCAAGAGGCAGAUUAAAAAGCCAAAACCUAUUCCAAUUGAUGAAGUUGAAUCAAUUAUUAGAGAAGAGAAGGAGGAACAAGAGAGAGUUGACAGAGAAUUUGAGGAAAUGGAGAAUAUGGGAAAUGUUGAACCUUUCAGUAAACCUGUUGAAGAAUCUGAACUUAUGUUAAUGAAUAAGAUCAAGAAACAGUUUAAGAAAUCAUCCUUAAAUGGUGGCACUAGACACAGUGCUUUUUCGCCUGGUGCAACAGUUCAUGUUCUCUCUGGGCCUUUUGAAGACUUCACUGGUUCCAUCCUGGAAGUGAAUCGCAAAAACAAGAAGGCCACUGUCCAGUUGAUACUUUUCGGGAAAGAGAGCUUUGUGGAUCUUGAUUUUGAUCAAAUUGAGGCAAUUGAAGUGGAUCACAAUGAUAGUAAACUAUGAGGCACCUUAUGUUUAUGUAUCACAGUACCGAUAAUUUUUAUCAACAACUCCAGAUCUCCAGCUGGGCCUGAGUGAAUGAAGCAGGAACUUCGGUGGGUGGACAGUGGACCGUUGAAGACCCAGUUAUCAGCAAGAGAAACAGUUAGCACAUCAGCUGCCGUCAAAAUUAACCAGUUAGUGAAAUGCAAUUUUGUAAACAAUGAGGAUGCUGAAGUUGAGAUACCUCACUGACUUCCACUAGGGUGUUCACAUUUUGCUCGAAUGCAGAAGUAAUAUUUCAAUUUUCAGUCCCUUAGGACAUUUAUUUUUUGUUGCGCAGUCCCUUAGACCAUUGCCAUUCACAUAUUUCACCUUCCUGUAUUCAUUUAUAAAUAGGUUAAAAUCGAAAUAGAAAUUUGAAUUUGUCUGAGAUUGUUUUUCCCUUGAGUACUCGGAUCACCAGCCA